AUGGAACAAGAAAUAUUAAGAUAUUUGCCACGUAAUUGGAACGCUUUUGUUAUCAAUGGAAACGAAAGACCUGUAUCAACAACUAUUCGGCGACAUUUAAAAAAAUUGCAUCCACGAUUAACAAGAUUACGUCAACCACGUAACUCCAGACCAAUGAUAGUUCUAUUCUAUUUCAUGUAUGGUUAUAUUACCGUACCAAAACGUCAUACAAAGAAAAAAAACAAAAGUAAUCAUGUUGUUGUAUCAAUGCAACAGGCACCAAGUGAAUCUGAUUUUGUACCAAUACAACAACCACCUAUUGAACCUGAUCUUACAUCUGUUGUUUCAUUACCACAACAAACAUCAACUGAACGAGACAUCGUACUUGUUGUGUCUCCAAUACAACAAAUACCAAUUGAAGAAGAUGCUGUACUUGAUAUCUCUCCAAUACAACAACUAGUUGAACAAAAACGUGAAUCUGUUGAAGUAUCUCCACAAUAUGAUCCACCAACAACUAAUUUAGUUCCUGAUUCAAUUAUUCAACAUUUGGAAAAUUUAAAUAUACAACGAUCUUCAGUAUUCAUUGAUUUUUCACCACCACCAAUAACAACAACAACUCCUAUUAAUAGUCAAAAUUUGUUUAAUCAGAAUGAAAACAAAGAUGGAAAUAACGAUGAAGCAGAACCAAUAUCGAUCUUAGAAAUAAGACAAAAGAACAAAGAAAUUCUUAAUGAAUGGAACGAAAAAGUAGAGAAAAUACAAGAACAGAUUCGUACAGCAAAUGAAGAAACACAGAAACAAAUUCGCUUGGAAUUAUAA